UCUCUGGCUCGGCCCUCCAUCGCAGCGACAUGGCCAAACGCACCAAGAAGGUCGGGAUCGUUGGUAAAUACGGGACUCGCUAUGGUGCCUCCCUCCGGAAAAUGGUGAAGAAAAUUGAAAUCAGCCAGCACGCCAAGUACACCUGCUCCUUCUGUGGCAAAACCAAGAUGAAGAGACGGGCUGUGGGAAUCUGGCAUUGUGGUUCCUGCAUGAAAACGGUGGCUGGUGGUGCCUGGACUUACAACACCACUUCAGCAGUCACAGUCAAGUCUGCCAUCAGAAGACUGAAGGAAUUAAAAGACCAGUAGAAGCUCUACCAUUUGAGACAUCCCUGGUUUACAAUAAAAUGGGUUAAUUUAUGUAACAAAA